CAUCUGGCAUCUGUGGUGCAGUGCACAUGGCGAUGGUGAAUUUGUGAUUUGUAUACCAAAAUACGCAACUUUUGUAUAAAAUCCGCGUUUCAUGAUCGUGUUUGCUUCCGAACCAAAGCCAUAAAAAUCGACAAGAGUAAUGUUUAACAGUUACACAAGUGUGUUACCGUGGUUACUCCUAUGAAACAUGAUCCGUAGCAAGCGGUAUCCUUCGUUGCCAUCGUUGUUGAACCGGAAGCAAACAAAUAAGCAGAUUUUCAGUUAUACAGCGAGUCCCGCUACGAAUGAUAUUCAAUUUGUCACCAUGGAUGCAUUAGCUGCCAUCAAUGAAACACACCCGUUGGUUUAUUUCAACCAGUCGGUUGACUCGUUUCCAGUGUUUGAUGGACCGUUUCAGGUGAUCGAACCAGGCAGCGAUCUGUACAUGCAGUUAAACUCUAGUAUGUGCUUUGAUUCUUACGAACCGGGUUUAGAAGAACCCCAGCAGCAAGAUAUGUAUUUUUCGGAAAAUGGAAUACCACAGCAAGUGGUGGAUGAUGUGUUCCGGAUGGAAGAUGAACUGCAGGCCGGUGAGGGACUUGCUCUAUGUCAAUAUCCUGUGGCCGGUAAUCAAUCGAUGACCGAGUUUGAGCAGCAGUUGGUAGCGGAAAUGGAAAAGUUUUUUCCACAAGUGAAAAAUGUUUCUACGGGGACUCGUCCAGGCAGUCGAUUAAUGGAAGAACUCACGAAAAUUUCAUCAACAGAAGAUCCAUGUUACAUGAGCGUACUUUUGAAGGACAGUUUGCAACACGAUGGUCGUGGCGUACCAAAGUUGGAUAUUCUAAAGCGCGACAAGGAGCGAGGAUUUCGAUGCGUGGAUAUGAUAGAUGGUAAUGGAUCCAAAUUCAAAGCUAAAUACUAUGAGCAUAUCACCAUCCAGAAACAUCCGAAACUUCAAUCUUCUGUUCCGAACCCAAGAAGCAUAAGAAGCCCAAUUCCAUACAGACCCAUCUCUGAACUACUACAGUCGACUCAGCUGGUGAAUGUAAGUCCUUCAGUGGCUAACAAAAUUGAAAGGUUAGCCAACAGCAAUCAGAAUGUCACGCUCACACAAGUUCUAAGCACAAACCCAUCAACUACGUUCCGAACAAGUAGCUCUAAUAACCGUGCAAUAUCUUCUGUUGUAAUCAAAGCUCCUAAGCGAACGAUCGCUUCCAGUGCUGAAACGGAUAGCCUUCCGCUUCCCAAACAUUUUCCUAUGCCGAUCAUCAAACAAGAGCCUCUUGAUGAUUUUCCGGUCGAGGCACCGCUACGACACCGUUUUAGUCAGAUCGACUCCACACGAAUCGAAGUUCCAACGAUUUCGUUGGUCAGUAAGCAACCACGAAAGCAAAAGUUGCAAUCUCUCGCCCAGUGCGAUGUGAUUUUCAAGGAGACGUCCCUCUCAACAAGUGCCAGUUUCUGCCAGGAGGCACCCCGAAAGGUGCAGCAGUCGCGAGCUCGUAGCCCGAAUGAUUUUGUGACCGUAACGAUUAAAGAUUCCGAUGGAAAAGUUAAGAAAGAACCCCAACAGCUUCGUCCGAUUCGGCGAGCAAUUCCCCGUUCGGCCGUUAUCGAUUCAAGCGUUAGCAAGUGUCCGUCGGCGGAUCGCUAUCCAACCGUGAAUAAGCGGGUCACGCAAUAUCGUGUUCAGACGGUGCCAAAGAACAAGCGAGUCAUUGGUCAACCGGUGGAGUCGAUUGAAAUCUUGGAUAGCUCCGAGGAAGAGUCCGAUUCCGCUGCGCUUUCCAUUCAGUUGGAAUCUGGAUCGAAAGAUGUUUCUAAAUGUAAACUUCCUGGUAAUACGGAAUCGAUCCAGUGCCCGUUCUGUUGUAAGAUUUUCAUGUCCCCUCUGUCACUGACGCUCCAUCGACAAAACUGUGCGGAUGCGAGCAUGUUUAUGAAAACCAAUAAAAACCACGGCUCUAGUAGAGAUACUAGAAAAGAGAGGACGCGGAACUCCAUUCCGAUCGAAGGACGAAACUACGAAACUCACACUGCGUCUGCAACGAAAACGUCUUCACAAAACUCACAGAACGAUCAGCCGUCUUUGGGAGCAAAAAAGAAGCGAUCCUCUGCGAGUCACAAGAAGAGUGAACGGUUGGCUAUCGAGAUCCUGUCGUCGGCUUUUAACAUAGAUAAUCUGCUUGUUUGUAAAAUUUGCAAGAAAACGUUCCGCUCCCAGGAUCAUCUGGAUAUGCAUCGUAAAAUCCACGACACGCAAUUUGUGUGUCAGUUUUGUAAAAAGAAGUUCCGCGAGACACCGGUGAAGCACACCUGUCAAGAGAUGAAACGUUCGGUAAAGGACAAACGCAAAACUUCUCACAUUUGAAGGACCAUAUGUUUUUUUCGCAUUUGUUGUUAUAUUUUUACGAUAAAAUGAUUUUGCUGUGCUCAGCUCUCGUUACUUUUUAGGUUUUCUAUAUUUUGUUUAACUACGUUUUAAGGUUCUAUGGCUUGUUAAUAAUGACGAACCUAGUGAUAAGAACAAAACCCUUCAGAGAAAACAAACAAUGUUUCUUAUUCGAUGUUGAAUAAAUUCGAUCCAUUUUGUUUGAAUAAAA